GUUUUCUCCUAACUCAUUUUCCCCACAUAAUUGUGUUACAAGUUUACAAAAAUCCAGUUUUUGUUUUUUACAGUUGACAACUUGACAAUGAAACCUCAACUUUUAAGCUUUUAGACAAAACCUCACCACCCAACUGAACGCAGAAGCCAAAGGGUGAGGAAAACUAACCAACCAUGGCGAUGGCAUUGGCGCUUCGCAGGCUUUCAGCUUCUGGGGAUAAGUCCAUUCGUCCCCUCUUCAAUGCCACCUCUCACUAUUACAUGUCAUCUUUGCCCAAUGAAGCUGUCUAUGAGAAGCCUGGUGUCACUUGGCCUAAGCAAUUGAAUGCUCCACUGGAGGCUGUGGAUCCCGAAAUUGCGGAUAUCAUUGAGCACGAGAAAACCAGGCAAUGGAAGGGUUUAGAGCUGAUACCCUCGGAGAACUUCACUUCGGUCUCCGUCAUGCAAGCAGUUGGGUCAGUCAUGACCAACAAAUACAGCGAAGGAUAUCCCGGUGCUAGAUACUAUGGAGGAAAUGAGUUCAUUGACAUGGCAGAAUCCUUAUGUCAGAAGCGUGCUUUGGAAGCUUUUCGGUUGGAUCCAGCAAAAUGGGGAGUGAACGUGCAGCCUUUAUCAGGAUCUCCAGCUAAUUUCCAGGUUUACACUGCAUUGUUAAAACCUCAUGACAGAAUCAUGGCACUUGAUCUUCCUCACGGUGGUCAUCUUUCUCACGGUUAUCAGACUGACACUAAAAAGAUAUCUGCUGUGUCAAUAUUUUUCGAAACCAUGCCAUACAGACUGAAUGAGAGCACCGGCUAUAUUGACUACGACCAGUUGGAGAAAAGUGCCACGCUAUACCGGCCAAAAUUAAUAGUUGCUGGUGCUAGUGCUUAUGCACGUCUGUAUGAUUAUGACCGCAUUCGUAAGGUAUGCAACAAACAGAAAGCAAUAUUGUUGGCAGACAUGGCACACAUCAGUGGGUUGGUUGCAGCUGGUGUUAUUCCAUCACCUUUCGACUAUGCAGAUGUAGUGACCACCACAACGCACAAGUCACUGCGUGGCCCUCGUGGAGCCAUGAUUUUUUUUAGAAAGGGGGUAAAAGAGACUAACAAACAAGGGCAAGAGGUGUUGUACGACUACGAAGACAAAAUCAAUCAAGCUGUCUUUCCUGGACUUCAAGGUGGCCCACACAACCACACAAUUACCGGUUUGGCAGUUGCCUUGAAACAGGCUACUACUCCAGAGUACAAAGCCUAUCAGGAGCAAGUUCUCACCAAUUGCUCAAGAUUUGCCCAGUCUUUGGCUCAGAAAGGAUAUGAACUUGUUUCUGGCGGAACCGAGAACCAUUUAGUUUUGGUGAAUUUGAAGAACAAGGGAAUUGACGGUUCCAGGGUCGAAAAGGUGUUGGAGGCCGUUCACAUUGCAGCCAACAAAAACACUGUUCCUGGAGAUGUGUCUGCUAUGGUUCCUGGUGGCAUCAGGAUGGGAACCCCGGCUCUUACUUCUAGGGGAUUUGUUGAGGAGGAUUUCGCUAAGGUUGCAGACUUUUUUGAUGCUGCUGUGAAUUUGGCAUUGAAGAUCAAGGAGGAAGCCAAAGGUACAAAGUUGAAGGACUUUGUGGCCGCACUUUCUGCCCCUCACUUCCAAUCUGAGACUGCAAAGCUCCGCCAUGAUGUUGAGGAGUAUGCUAAGCAAUUUCCUACAAUUGGGUUUGAGAAAGAAACCUUGAAGUACAAGAACUGAAGAAGAGAUCAUGCUGUGUUAGGCACGGUCAUCAUCAAUGGAGUUUUCUUGGUUGAGAAACAAGAAGGAUCGUAUGUCAAGAUCGAACUUAGAGCUACGGUGUAUCUAAAUUCAGCAAAACCUUGAUUCGGAUCCUGAUGAAUGUAUAUUAGUAAAUCUGUUGAAGCUUUGCUAUGCAAUAAACCUGCCUUCAUUUAAAAAAAUAAAAUAAAAAAGCACAUAGAAAAGAAAGUAGUAUGACUAA